UUUACCUAUAUAAGCUAAGUUUUCUUAGAUUUUCAGCAAAUAGGAGCUGAGUUUACAAAGAAACGGUUAUCUCAAAGAUGCAUUCCAUCAGUAUAGUGCUCGUGUUCGCGCUGGUCGCCAUAGCGAGCGCCGUGCCAGCCGGAGAUAAGCCACAUUACGACUUAGACAAGGCUCCCGAGUACUUCGAGAAGUUUAUCAAGGACUACAACAGGGUGUAUAAAGAUGCUGCCGAUAGAGAAGUACAUUACCAAGCCUUUGUUAAAUCAUUGGUGGAGAUCAAUGAGCUAAAUAAUUCGAACGACGGGGACACUUAUGAUAUCAACAAUUUCGCUGAUUUUACUGAAGAAGAAUGGAAUCAUAUGAAUGGAAUAAGGGAUCCGAAACGGACGUAACAUGAACGCCGGGAAUAUGGAUGGAUACAUCAGUGGACAUAAAUAGAGUAGAAAUAUUCUAUAUAUUAAAAUCAGUGAAUUGGUGUUAAA